AUGUACUUCACCAGUCUUGUGUCGGUCCUGCCAUUCGUUGGCCUCACCUCGGCAGCAAGCGUUGUGGGAUCGGCUUAUGGCUUUGCCAAAGGUGUGACGCCUACUGGUACGACUGUGACACCAACGGACAAUGCGCAACUUACCUCUUGGCUGGGCGACUCCACGGCAAGAGUCAUUGUCUUGACCAAGACCUUUGAUUUUGCAACUGCUACCACGACUGGAGCUGCCUGCAGAGCAACCGACAAGUGCUCUGGAGGACAAGAUACCAUCAAGACGAGUUGCGACUCCAAUGAGACUCCGAUUGUUGCCACCUACAACCCCCAGGCCACCAAAGGCAUCUCUGUUGCCAGCAACAAAGCCCUUGUUGGAGUUGGCUCGACUGGCGCCAUCAAGGGCAAGGGUCUUUUGAUCGCUAGUGGCUCCAAAAAUGUUAUUGUGCAGAAUAUUCGCAUCACGACCCUCAACCCACAGUAUGUUUGGGGUGGUGAUGGCAUCAGCAUUGAGGGUGCUGAUGGAGUCUGGAUCGACCAUUGCACAUUCGAUAACAUUGGCCGCAUGUUCAUCGUAUCUCACUACGGUCCUAACCGUGUCACCGCAUCGUACAAUUACUUCAAUGGAGCUACUUCCUACUCGAACUCGUGCGACGGUCAGCAAUACUGGGGAACCAUGUACGUCGGUGACUCGGACAAGGUGACCAUUGACCACAACUACUACUACAAGAUGAGCGGCCGCUCUCCAAAGCUGGGCGACAGUUCGUAUAAUACCUACUUUCAAGCGACCAACAACUACUUUGACACCUCGAGCGGCCAUUCCUUCGACAUUGUCAAGGGCACAUAUGCGCUUAUCGAAGGCAACUAUUUUAGCGGUGCCAAGACUCCCAUGACCACGGAUAGCACCACCAGCGGGGCUUACAUCUUUGAUAGUCCCUCGUCUUCCCUAUCGACGUGCUCAUCCUACCUCGGACGUUCCUGCGUCGUUAAUUCUCUCACCAGUUCGGGUACCCUGCCAUCACUUUCCAGCACAGAUGCUCUUUCCAAGCUGUCUGGAUCUUAUGGGACUUAUAUCAUCACGCCAGAGUCGGCGAGUUCAGCCCAGACAAAUGUGGCAGCCAAGGCAGGACAAGGCAAGGUUUGA